GGGUAAGAGAUGGAAACAUGAUUUUGUGAACCCUUAAGAAGAUGAAGUUAGUACCAGUAGUGGGUUUUCUAAGAAAAAAGACAUCUGAUUUCUUAGUUUGUGAAAUAUGGCAUGGUUAACAACAUGAAGAAAAAAAAAGGCCUAAGCAUAUUUCAGGAUUCUUUGUGGUGGUUGUCUGUGAAAGCCAACCAUUGGACAUCAUUUAAAUUAAUAAUCACGUUCUAUCUUCUUCUGAUUUGAAAUGUGUGAUUCACAAAAUUUGCUGUUGUUCACUCAUUAUGCUGAUGAAUAAAAUAAUAGUGCUUUGAUUAUGUAUGCUGUCCUUCUUGGAGAGCCAGAGAUAUAUUACCAUCCGUUUUUUUUUAAUUAUUCAUUUCUCUCUUUCAUGUCUCUUUUUCACCAUUCCAUUAAUUCGGUGGUUUAUGUGUAGACAUUUUUUCUUGCUAUUUUGCCUUUUUAAGUCUGUUUAUCUUGCUGUGGAGAUUUUUAUGGAGAACUGCCUUGUUUUGAAUAGGUAAUGCUAAGAGUUGUCUGGGAACUCUUCUUUCAUAGUGAGCUUCAAACAUUUCAAAAGCAAGAUGCUAAUGAUUUACUAACUAUAAGGUCCUGUUUGGUCAGAAGGAGUGACUAUUUGCAAUUCAAUUGGUGGAAGUUGUUAUUAGCAAUCACUUAAUUGUUUCAUCGUAUUAGAAGUAAAUUGAUAGGAGUAGGGAAUAGAUAUUUCUUGUAUAUGUUGAUCUCCUUACAAUGUAGCUUACUUUUGUAGCAUCCUCCAACCAAACAAGCUGAGCUCUAGGGGUUUUUUAUUCUCUACAUUAUGAACAGAAAGGAAGAUACCAUUUUUAACGUGCCUUUUAGCUGACAGACUCAAGCUGCAUAUAUUUGGCUGCUGUUAUGAGAACACCAUUGACAUUCUUUACCCUCAUGUGUUUAAAUGUUGCCUUCUAUUCUUCCUAUUUUCAUUUCUUCUUUAAGCAAAAAAAGUGGGUUUGGUAUUUGCUUGUGAGUAUUAGUUUUGAUCAUGAAAUAACACUUGUUGGUAACUAAUCUAUAAAGCAUACCAUCUUAUGCGUUGAAUAGAAGUAAAAUUUUUGUAGUGGAAGGACUGGAUAAUGUUGUCUUAGGAUGAUACCAUACAUAUGGCUCAUGGUUAUUUUAUCUUGAAGUGUUUCAGGACAUUCUGUUGAUUUUCUAUAGAAUACAUAGUCAUGAGCUAA